CUGCUACUGCUCGCUGUUGUUUUGUUGUGGACACGGCUGACAGCUGCCUGAGCCAUGAGUGAGUUCAGGAUCCACCACGAUGUGAACGAGUUGCUCAGCCUGCUUCAUGUCAGAGGAGGCGAUGGAGCAGAGGGCUACAUUGACUUACUGCAGAAACACAGGACUCCCUAUGUCACCACUACAGUCUCUGCUCACAGUGCCAAGGUCAAAUUAGCAGAGUUCUCUAAAACCCCUGAGGACUUCUUGAGGAAGUACGAGGAGCUGAAGUCCAAAAAUGUUCGCAACCUCGACCCUUUGGUCUAUCUGCUCUCCAAACUGUGUGAGGAUAAAGAGACACUGCAGUUUCUGCAGCAGAAUGCCAAAGAGAGGUCAGAGUCAUCCGCAAACACAACUUCAACCACAACCACCAGUUACACUCUGCCUCAGACCAGCACCAAGAUGUCCAUGCAGGAACUGGAUGAGCUGCGGAAGAAGCUCGGCAACGUGACGGCCAGCUCCAACGCUCCUCUGCCUGCUGAAGUCACACGGAAGAUGCUGAGGGACAAACACAACAAGAAGAACCCCACCCAGCCCAACCCGGUGUUUCCUAACUGGGUGUACGACCGUCCUGCUCUCCUCGGAGACUUCAUCACCAGCCCCACCCCUCCAGGAGAUCCACCUGUGGCCAUCGGUAAGUCAUUUAAAAACUUCAUAUUCAUCUCUGCUGUAGCUCAGUGUAUUCCAUUAUUAUUCCAGAAAAUGAUGUGUUUGUUGUUGUUGUCAGGUACGAUGCCCAUGGCCACUCAGGAGCAAGCUCUGGUGGAGGAUCUGCUGUUUGUCCUGAUUGGGGUUGAUGGGCGAGACAUCACCGCUCAGCCUGUGCUGGGGAGGCAGAACCGCUCCUUCAUUGUUGAUUCAACACUGGACAUGUCUAUCAAAGAGCUGGUCAACAGAAUAUUACCAGUCGCAUCGUAUUACUCCACUAUAACACGUUUCAUUGAAGAGAAGUCGUCCUUUGAGUACGGCCAGGUGAACCACGCCCUGACGGCGGCGAUGAGGACCCUGAUGAAGGAGUAUCUGAUCCUGGUCACUCAGCUGGAGCACCUGCAGCGGCAGGGCCUGCUGUCCCUGCAGAAGCUCUGGUUCUACAUCCAGCCCACCAUGAGGACCAUGGAGAUACUGGCGUCUAUCGCGUCCUCAGUGGACAAAGGAGAGUGUAUGGGUGGGUCAACACUGAGUCUUCUCCACGACCGAACCUUCAACUACACCGGCGACAGCCAGGCUCAGGAGCUGUGCCUCUACCUCACUAAAGCAGCCAGCGUCCCUUACUUUGAAAUUCUGGAGAAGUGGAUCUACAGAGGCAUCAUCAAGGAUCCAUACAGUGAGUUCAUGGUGGAGGAGCACGAGCUGCAGAAAGAGAAGAUCCAGGAGGACUAUAACGACAAGUACUGGGAUCAGAGAUACACCAUCGUGCAGCAUCGCAUUCCCUCCUUUCUACAGAAAAUGGCAGACAAAAUAUUAAGCACAGGAAAAUACCUCAAUGUGGUGCGGGAAUGCGGCCGUGAUGUGACGUGUCCUGAUGCAAAGGAGGUCCUGUACACGCUGAAGGAGAGGGCCUAUGUGGAGCAGAUAGAGAAAGCUUACUACUAUGCCAGCAAGGUCCUGCUGGACUUCCUCAUGGAGGAGAAGGAGCUGGUUUCACGCCUGAGAUCCAUCAAGCAUUACUUCUUGAUGGACAAAGGUGAUUUCUUCGUGCACUUCAUGGACCUGACGGAGGAAGAGCUGAAGAAGCCGGUGGACGACAUCGUCCCUCCCAGACUAGAAGCUCUCCUGGAGCUGGCUCUGAGGAUGAGCACGGCCAACACGGACCCCUUCAAAGACGACCUCAAGAUUGACUUAAUGCCUCAUGAUGUCAUCACUCAGCUGCUGCGGGUGUUGGCCAUCGAAACCAAACAGGAAAAGGCCAUCAUCAACGCCGACUCGACGGACGUGGCCCUCAGCGGGCUGGAGGCCUUCUCCUUCGACUACAUCGUCAAGUGGCCGCUCUCGCUCAUCAUCAACAGGAAAGCACUGACAAGGUACCAGAUGUUAUUCAGACACAUGUUUUAUUGUAAACAUGUGGAGAGGCUGCUGUGCAACGUGUGGAUCAGCAACAAGGAUUUCAGGCAGUACUCUUUACAUUCUGCUAAAUGGUUUGCUGCUGCCUUUGCCCUCCGCCAGCGCAUGCUGAACUUUGUGCAGAACAUACAGUACUACAUGAUGUUUGAGGUGAUGGAGCCCACCUGGCACAUCAUGGAGACCAACCUGAAAACAGCAUCAAACAUCGAUGAUGUGCUGUGUCAUCACACGAGCUUCCUGGACAACUGCCUGAAGGACUGCAUGCUGACCAACCCCGAGCUUCUCAGGAUCUUCUCUAAACUCAUGUCUGUCUGUGUCAUGUUCACAAACUGCAUGCAGCGGUUCACUCAGAGCAUGAGGUUAGAGCGCCUCUCUCUGGAGCAAGGAACCAUGGAUGGUCCUCCCACUCAGAGCGAACACGCUGAGGAGGCAGAGAAGAAGAGGCUAACCACAAAGUUUUUAGCUGAGCAUGCGGACACCCUCCAGUCAGACGCAGGCUUUGAAGCCACCAUCAGCAAGUUUGACAGUAACUUCAGCAUGUUGCUGCUGGACCUGCUGGACAAGCUGAGCAUCUACAGCACCAACGACUGUGAACACAGCAUGAUCAGCAUCAUCUACAGGCUGGAUUUCAAUGGAUUCUACACUGAGCGUCUGGAGAGGAUGGCCAUAGAGCGCAGUCAGAAAGCAGCAGCGUAGCGUGUCAUGCCUUCGUGUGUUUUAACGAUCACCCAGCAAUAAAGACGUCCUUUCCUCAUGCCUGUCCAUCAGUCCUACGCCAACCGCCCAGAUACUUACCAUAGAAACAUCAGCUGUUGAUUCACAGAGCUGAUACUUCAGUGUGUAUAUAUUAUAUACUGUAUGAAAUGUAGAGUUAAACGUCUUCGUCUCUGCGGCAUCAUUUCAAUGCUUCACAUGUAAAUUUUAAGAACUGUGGAACUCAUAUGUUUCUUCUGCUCUGAACAUGUAAGUCAUGUCACUCCCUAUGGGUAACUUAUUGUACCUGUACAGUGAAAAUGUAUGUUUAUAUUGCACUUCAUUAAAACAAAACUUUA